CGCGAACACAUAGAAAGCCAUUAUUUAAUUAUGCAUUAGAAAUAAACAUGAUAUUGAAAUGUAUAUCGAAUUAUAUAGACAUUAUAAAACAAAAGUGCACAUUCAAUGUAUUAGUGCGUUUGGUUGUGCAGAAAUGCGCAAAUAUCGUACCCACAUUUACGUCACCCAGCAGGGGGCGCUGUGGUUUCGGUAGUAAAUCGGGUGUGUUCGGCUUUCUCCGCUGACUCCGUGCAGUUGUUUCGUCAGUACGGUGUGUACGUUGAUGGUCAUCGCCAGACCCUUUAAUCACCUCACUGAGAUUUGACCACGAUCAUUACUCUGAAUUUCUCGAGUGUCCAGCUUGUAACCUGCCGGAAUAUACGGAUAUACAGUUUUUCAGACAAUCCUGACGAUUUCUGUGAGACUAUGCCAGAAUCCAAAUGCCAUUUGGACAUUCAAGCACUUUUACCCGAAUGACAGCUGAAGCCAGCCUCCAUGCUUACCAAACACUACGCCAACAUGCUUCGCAGAAAUGGAUCUUUUUGUACGUGCCGUGGACCCCGUGAGAAGAAAUCUCUGAGUUUCUAGUGCCAUCCCACCAUCUCUCUUCUCCCAGUCCUGGUCAUCUCCACAGAACUUAGACACGUAAUUUGGAUCACUCCACCUAUCUGUUCGUGUUCGCUUGAACUUUCAGAGCAGAGGCAGACGUCAUCACUGAUCCCAUCCUCACUCCUUGAUAUAAGAUGGCAAGACUUUUGUCUGUCACGGCAGUUUUGGCUGGAGUCUUAAUUGUAUUCAGGUUGUGUGCUGGAGCAGGUCAGAAUCCUGAUCACGUGCUGCAGGGCACUGGAGUCAAGCAUGGAUCAGACUCCAGAAGACCGGGAGAUGAUUCGACAGUGGCACCAGAAGAUGCUGCACGGUUCCUCAGCUGCUACUGCUCUGGACACUGCCCUGAUGAUGCCAAAAACAGCACCUGCGAGACAAAUGGGCAGUGCUUCGCCAUCAUUGAAGAAGAUGAAAAUGGAGAUGUAAUCCUAAGCUCAGGCUGUAUGAAAUACGAGGGCUCUCAUUUUCAGUGCAAAGAUUCACAGUUUGCACAGACUCGUCGAACAAUUGAAUGCUGCCAGUUUGACUUUUGUAAUCGAGACCUAAAGCCAGAGUUACCAGAUCGACAGUCAGAUCCACAAGACCCUCACUGGCUGGCCUUUCUCAUUUCAGUAACUGUGUGCUGCUGCACCCUCAUCUGCGUCACAGUCAUCUGUUAUUACAGGUAUAAGUGGCAGACAGAGAGGCAGCGCUACCACAGAGACCUGGAGCAAGAUGAGGCUUUUAUUCCAGCCGGAGGAUCGCUGAAAGAUCUCAUCAACCAAUCUCAAAGCUCAGGCAGUGGUUCCGGGCUCCCUCUGCUGGUACAGCGCACCAUUGCAAAGCAGAUCCAGACAGUGCAUCUCAUCGGUAAAGGCCGAUAUGGAGAGGUGUGGCUGGGUCGAUGGAGGGGUGAGAAAGUAGCAGUGAAAGUGUUUUUCACUCGAGAGGAGGCCAGCUGGUUCAGAGAGACGGAGAUCUACCAGACCGUGCUCAUGAGACACGAGAACAUACUAGGCUUCAUUGCGGCUGAUAUAAAUGGCACUGGAGCCUCCACGCAACUCUACUUGAUAACAGACUACCAUGACAACGGCUCUUUGUAUGAUUAUUUGAAGUUCACCACUCUGGAUACACAAGCUCUGCUGAAACUGGCCUACUCUGCAGCCUGUGGCCUGUGUCACCUGCACACAGAGAUCAACGGCACACAGGGAAAACCUGCCAUCGCUCACAGAGAUCUGAAGAGCAAGAACAUCCUCGUGAAGAAAAACGGCACCUGUUGUAUCGCUGACUUGGGCCUAGCUGUGAAAUUUAACAGUGACACAAAUGAAGUGGACAUCCCUCUUAGUACGCGUAUGGGCACCCGCCGCUACAUGGCUCCAGAAGUCCUGGACGAGACUUUGAAUAAAAACCACUUCCUGGCAUACAUCAUGGCUGACAUGUACAGCUACGGGCUGGUUAUAUGGGAAAUGGCCAGACGCUGUGUGACUCGAGGUAUUGUUGAGGAGUAUCAGCUACCCUAUUAUGAAAUGGUACCAUCAGACCCAUCUUACGAGGACAUGCUGCAGGUCGUGUGUAUCAGAGGAUUGCGGCCAACUGUAUCCAUUAGAUGGAACAGUGAUGAGUGCUUGAGGGCGAUGUUGAAGCUGAUGUCAGAAUGCUGGGCCCACAAUCCUGCAUCCCGACUGACCAUCCUGAGAGUCAAGAAGAGUUUAGCAAAAAUGGUGGAAUCUCAAGACAUUAAAAUCUGAUCCGUCUUUAUGAGAAGACAAACUGAGUGAUUUGAUUUCAUCUUUGGAUUCACAGCUCACGCCUGUGUGAAAUAUCACAUCCUCUUUUCCCCUCCGGCUUGGGGAUCAGAUGCGGUGUCGUUGUUGCUUUCUAUGAAAGCCAUAUCAUUGUAGACUUGGAUCAGAGGAUUACUGCAACAGACAAAAGAGUGGGAUUUUCUGAAGGACUUGUGUAUAACUCGCUCACUGCCCUAGAGAAAAUACAAAGCUACGUGUUGUUGUUUUUCUUUUGUGCAUUUAAGUGUCUUUAGAUUUUGGGAUAAACCUCCUGCCAUAUAAAUGAAAUAAUAUUGUCUUUUUAUGGAAUCUCUGUAAAGCAAACUGUGAUUUUAAUGUAUAUAUGUUUUAGUAAUAGAUGCAAAACAUUAUAUAAUUAACAUAACCUCGUCCAGUUAACAACAACAGAUCGCUCGCUACAAGUUGCUGCCUUGCAUGUGCAGCAAAUCAUAACCUUAUGAAAGCUUGCCAUGCACUCUUGAAAAUAAUGUAUUUCAUUAUUAAUCCCCCCCCAAAAAAGUUAAGUUAAUACAUUCGUGCUGAGUUGCAGUUUGUGCAGUGUUAUUUUGUCCACACAAGUGACAAAAUGAUUUUGUUGCAUGAACUAUCAAUUGUUUGGGAUGCAUGCUUUUUUUUAAACAUAUUAAUUUAAUUAACAAACAUUCCCCAUUUUUUUUUUCUUUCACAUUAGACUUUGACUAUAUAUUAUGAUAGUUGUUAAACAUUGAAAUUGGGAAGAAAACUUUGAAUUUUAAGUUUAAUUUAAUGAAAGACAGAGGUCAUUUUUCAAAUGUGAUCAGCUGUUUUCUCAUGAGAUAGUGCUGUGAUAAUGACAGUAAACAGUGUGAGCAGCUUUUGCCAAACCCUGUUUUGUGUUUGUGGUGGUGAUAAGAGAGUUCUGGUACUUUGGCUGGUGUUGUAGUUAAUACGUGCCUAUGUUUAUGUCAUUCAUAUGAGCUGGGUGAUUUUCUGGUACAAGAUUGUAUCACUAUAAACAUGAACAAUAAGUGCAAUCUAUAAUUUAAAUUUAAUUUUAUGUUGUAAAAACAACUUCUAAUUUAGUUGUGGCGAUUUGAUGAUCAAAUAUUUUUGCCAAUAUUGUAAAUCAUGUUUUUGAAUCGCAUUUAUGUCUGUGUGGUACCAGAAGGUGAAGGGUACGACUUCAAUGAAAUAACAUCUGUUAGUCAUCAGGAUUUAUAUUUAAGUCUAGGCUGCCAAAAUGGUGUCGUGGUACUUUAAGUUUAGAAAUGUUAUGUAACUUGUUUACAGAACUUUACUGCAGCUUAUUUUUUUUUAAUUCAAGGUUUAUUUUUCUCAGUGCCACUAAAAUAACCAACAUGAUUUUUAGCAGGUAAAAUGGUAAUAUACAAUGAAAGAACACAGGUUAAGUUUUGUACACCACUUUGUGGACCCUUAAGUGUAAGUGGGGAAAAAGCUAUGAUAAUAUCAGUGCCAGACUAAGGUGCUUUGUCAAAUACUACCAGCACAGAUGAAGUACAAGCUUGAAUAAAUCAGACAACAAUUUUAGAAAGGUUCUAAAUAAAGCUCAUUCAAAAUAAAUAAAAUAGAUCCAAGAAAUAAACCCUUAAUAACAUGGUAAAAGACAUUAUCUUCAGUGUAAAGUACAAUACAAUAAAGCAAAAAUAAAGUUUAUAUCUAAAUACAUUUGUAUACAUUGGUACAAGAAACCUGGACUUUGAAAAGCAUAUAGAUAUCAUCAAAUUAAGUAUCUGAAAUAGAUUUUAACAUGCAAUGCAUGGAUUGCAUUAAAAGAGAGAGGAAUUAUUUAGAUAGGAUUGUUCAAAAUGUGUUAACUCAUUAAUUUGUUUAAAAAAAUUCUUACAACCAAAAUUUGUAUAUUUUGCAUCUAGCCCACGCCAACUGUUAUAUAAUGACAACAAAAUGCACCGUAAUAAUCAUUAAACAUUUGAAGUGUUUUGUUGAGAAAAUGAGACUGUAAUUGUUGAUCUAACAUGAUUUUUACUGGUUUGUGAAUAUGCCUGUAUAUAUUUCAAUGUGCUUUACUAUUACAGAACCUGGCCAUUUUCUGUAUAUAUAAAAUAACUCCUAGCUUGUAAUUCAAAGGUUUUCUGUUCUAAACAGUCCAAUGUUGUUGGUGCAUCAUGGGAAAUCUUCAUACUCUGUAUAAUAUUUGUCCAUGUAAUAAUUUAAAAAAAAUAUAAUUUUAGUACACAAA